AUAACAUUGAGCCGUCAUCAUCAGAAGAAUGAAGCUGGAAGUGUGAUCGUCAUUUAUUGUAUUUGAUUUGAUCCUGACCCAUCAUCUGCAAAGAUGCUAUCCCGCUCCUCAUCUCAGGUUGAAGAACGCUACCGUAUGCUGAGUGGUCACUGCCCCGACGAGAAAUGCCAGACGAAACUCUACUUCCCAUCCUACGACUCGAGCAUCGAGUGCACCGGAUGCGGGCAGCGCCAUGAGCGUGCAUCCCUGAGUAAUGUCCAGGAGGUCACCGACCCCGAAGUGGCGCUUCACAAUAUGGUCCGCAACCUCUUGGUCGGGAACGUUGUCCCGAAGCAGACAGCCGACUCGGUCAAGGUGCUUGGACUCUCCAACUACCACUGCAAGCUUCUCAGCCCUCUGUUGACAUUCUACGGUAUGAACAAACAGGGCAAAGCGCAGCCGUUGACGUCGUUGAAUCAAGGCAGUGACGUGUUCGACUGCAGCAUCUUAGGAAGUCGUAGCUUCCUGAUCCAACCCGAGCACAUCGGGAUUAUGGGGUACGGACGUGACCAGACGGGGAGCGCAAAGUACCUGAAGGACACCCUAAACUUCAUCAACCAGAUGAACGGGACCGAGGAGGUUCUGAUUCCAAUCCACGCCGACGGGGACGGACACUGUCUCGUCCACGGCAUCUCCCGCGCCCUCGUGGGGCGAGAGCUCUUCUGGCACGCCCUCAGAACGAGCCUCAAGAAACACUUCCUUGCGAAUAUCACAAAGUACAAGAACCACUUCAAGGAUUUUCUUGACAGCAGCGAAUGGACGCAGAUCAUCGCUGAGAGUGACCCGGAUUAUCUACCCAGCGAGACGGAAGCCUUUGGACUUCAGAAUAUUCACAUUUUUGGAUUGGCGAAUGUUCUUCAGCGGCCGAUCAUUCUACUGGAUUCUCUGGAAGGUCUUCAAAGUUCAGGAGAUUAUUCUGGUGUGUUUUUACCUGCGUUUGUUCCCCGUGAGUCCUGCAGUGGGAAAGACGGAGUUCUCAACAAGCCAUUGUGUGUUGCAUGGAGCAGUUCUGGACGCAACCAUUUCAUCGCUCUUGUAGGGGUGAAGGGACGCCCGUUGCCCCGUCUGCCACGAUGGAUGUUAACCAAGGCUUGGGGAACUCCCCAUGAGCUCAUUGAUUCAUACAUUCAAUUUGAUGAGGACGACAUGUGCACCGUUGGAGGCAGUAGGUCACUACCGGAUAAGUAUGUACAGAGGCUGGCAGCAGCCAUGGAAGAAGUGUUUGUAGAGAAAUAUCAUCUGCACCCAGCAGUCGUUGCAGAUGUGCAUCAUUAUAUCUACAAACGAACGGGUGUUGUCGGAGUUCACCAGAACAUCAUCAUUGAGAACACUCGUUGUGCCGUGGAGAACAAGCAGCUCUUCCGGUGCCUCCUAUGUAGCGCCCUCUCUCAGAUUGAGAAGCGCCACAUCCCGUUUGAGUGGCUGCGACAGGGCGGGGAACUAUACGACCUCGCUAAGAAACUCCACGGUCGGCUGCAGGAGGGGAAAGUCUACGCCUUCCCACUGCAUGAACUCAACUGCUCCUACGAUGCGGCGAAGGAUGAACUGGUGCCGGAUCAAUCUAUGAUGAGACCGUCACAGUGUGCUUGGUGUCAGGGGAAGCAACUACGUCAGAUCCAGUCCGAUGGUAGCAUUGUCUACUUUAACGGAGAUCGUACCAACACACCGGCUCCAAAGACUAAGUGUAACUGUGGAUUCAAACACUACUGGGACGGACAAGAGUACGACAACAACCCAGCCGUUUUUCCAGUUUCACUGAAGUGGAAGGGGCAGUUCUUUACUGAGGACGUGAUGUGGUUUCAGGGGGAGACGAACACUGCCCUCAACAGCAACGCUUACGACAUUGCCUCAGCGCUGGUCCAGAAGCACUUUCCCGGGGAGUUUGGCAGCGAGAAGUUGGUCCAGCAAGUUGUGGAGACGAUCCUCCAGAAUACUGCAGCACAAGAGGAAGAGUAUCAGCCAAUCAGCUUGAAGGACAUGCCCAGCACAAGCAGUGUCGACCAAUCAGCAUCGAGCUCCCCUUCCGUUGGGAAACACACUCCCGAACACCGUGUAGGUAAACCCGAACCAGGGGGACACACUCCUAGACCUCGUUCGACCGAUCUGGACGACCUUGCUGACAGAGCUGGAUCGCCAGCUGGGAGUGGGAGUAGUUCCCCUAGGACGCGGUACCCCAGAGACAAGAAAGGACCCGUGCUGGAUGAUAUGCCGUCAAAGAUCAUCCUAACUGGACUUGCAGCCAAGACACUCCACAAGGAAGAGCUAGAUAUGAGCGAAGCAGAGAGGAAUCUACGCAGACGUAUAGAGGAAAGAGCGCCCUCUCAGCAGAGCAAAGCGUCAUCGUCAUCCCCCUUUCCAUCAGAGGAGACAAGAAAACACAAACAAUCGCCAGGCACUAAAGAGGGGCGUAAAAGUGAAGACAGUGACAACAAGAUGGCCCCAGUUGCUAUGGAUACCGUAACGACGGUGACCAAGGAUGCCCCCAAGACUAAAAGGAUCCGGCUGACUUCUUCAGAUGGAAAGCAGGCAACACUCGUCUUAGAGCCCAGCACAACGUUCUCGGAGCUCCAGGGAAAGAUAGAAUUGGAGCUGAACGUCAAAGCGGACAGUCAGAAGAUCCGGUACGGGUUCCCUCCGAAGGAACUGACGGCACCAAUAGAGGGCCAAGAGAGCGAACCGGUACCCCUGCAGAAUGGAGACAGGGUUACCGUGGAGGUUGUGUCAUCUAAAGUGACAGGUCAGCCCAUGGACACGGGGUUCUCAGACCGGGCUCAACAUUCACUGAGCACCAUACCGGGCUCUUCCACUUUCCCAGAGGUAGGAUCAAACAGAUUUUCAAACCGAGAGGAGAUCAUGAGGGGCAUGGAAAGUCUACAACAGGAAACAGGCGACAAUCUUGACCUUCGACUCUACUCUUUGAACCUGAUGGCGACGCUGACCAAUACAGACAUGUGGACCUACGUCCAGCAGCACACUGCAUUAUUUGAGAGGGGUGGUACAUUCUAUGCUAUCGUCGAGAGGGACUUGGGGCUGACGGAUGGCAAACACUUUGUGUUGCCGUCGAUUCAAAAUAAGAAAUUUACUUACAAUGCGAUGGACGACCGUAUUGAGAUAUGCCUUGAGCCCAUUGGACAUUUUCCCAUAAGACCCGGUGUCGAUGAAUCCGACAGCCCAUCGACGAGUCGACCUUCCCAGCACCCCGUUGACCUCGAGGAGCAAAGGUCAGAGUUCAUCACCAGCGUCCGAAGCAAACUGAAAGCCGGCAGUAGCGGAGUUGUGACCUCCGGGGGUCAGCAGGUUGGGGGUUACAGGGCGUUCUCCGGGCACGGUCAAACUCUGGCAUCCGGAGCUGGACAAAGACUUUCUGAAGCUCCCGCAGGCUCAUCAAUGACUGAGGAUGCAUGGGAGUCGCCAAGGUGGGCCCAGUACUUGAGGGAGUUCAACAAGCUAUUGGAAGGGCGGGGGAUGGCACCUGAUAUGCCAGUCAUGCAGUCGCAGUCUGUUGCUGUUGAAAUGCCAGAGGAGUCACCAGGAAUGCAAGUCGCAGACAGGCUUGACAACAAUGUGCAAUCCGAGUCGAGAGGGGAGCUUCAAGGAACUGUAAGCCAGAGCUUGGAAAAUGCCGCUUCGGGUGAUGGACUGAACAAAACAGCGACUCAUGAGCAUAGUUCAACGGGAUUUUAUAGCAGCACCAGUCUAAGUGUGAACACGUCACCACGGGAUGAAGUGAAUACGGAAGAGUCCAUAGAUGUGAGGGGGGAAUCAGAUGCAAUGGAGGUUGACAAAGCCAGAUGUAAUGAACAGCACGCCUUGCCUUCACCCCUCCUUCCGAUGGAAGUGGACUUGACCCUAACUGACAAUACCCAAAUUAACUCUCAACCUCAUACGGCAAGUGUAGAGACCACAGGAGUUGACACCAGUCCUGUAUCCAGUCAGACACCCCUCGGAGAAAGUGGUGCAUCCCAAGAUUCGGACAGUUCUCGGGUGUACGUUUCUAAGCGACUGGGCCCUGGGUACAUGGUGCUUGUUGAGCAGCCAUCAGCUGAGCCGAGCGAUUCUGAUGAAGGGGUGACCCAUAGUGAAACAACAUGAUGAAAAUCAGAUACAAAGUUGAACUUUGCGGUAAUUGUCUGAAGUUACAAAAUGUAGCAUCACGCGCCUAAAUCAGGCAGUUCUCAGAAAUGGUUAAUUACUAUCGCAGUUGAUACAACUGAUAAUAAUAUGAAUUGAAAGGAUUUCAUGUGCUCCAAUCUAUAACCUACAUGUACGAUCUGCUUAGGCAGUAGUUAUUUCAUUGUAAGCAGGACAGUUCAUUUCAGAACUCAACUAAGUAGUCUCAAUGAUUCCGCCGAAAUCUACUCUGCAGUAAUAAAUAGCAAGACAAGUUCUCAAAGAACAAGUCUCAAUAUUACGUUUAUUAGGUAAUUAUUAAACAGGACAGUUCUUUUCAGAACUAAGUAGUUUUCAAAAUUAAAAAUUUUACUCUGCAGCAGUCAUGGCAGUAGAAUAAAAUUAAUAGGCAGUCAAGUUCUCAAACAUGUCAAAGAACAAGCAUGGUACACUUUAUAAGCAGGACAGUGCUUUUCAGAACUACAUGUAUAAUGUAAGUAGUCUCAACAAUUCAAAAAUCAACCCCGCUACAGUAGAAGUAGGAAGACAAGUUCUGUAAGAACAAAUGCGCGGUAGUAGUUAAUAAGCAAGACAAUUUUAUUACAGAACUAAGUAGUUUCCACAAUUUGGAAUCUACUCCAGAGCAGUCAUGGCAGUAGAAUUAAACGGGCAGACAAGUUCUCAAAGAACAUACAGUACACUUUAUAAAGCAGGAAAGUGCUUUUCAGAACUACAUGAAAGUAGUCUCAAAAAUUCAAAAAUCAACUCCGCUGCAGUAGAAGUAGGAAGACAAGUUCUGAAAGAAAAAAUCUGCGGUAGUAGUUAAUUUAAGAGCAAGACAAAUUUUUUCAGAACUAAAAUUUGGAAUCUACUCCGCAGCAGUCAUGGCAAUAGAAUAAAUGGGCAGACAAGUUCUAAACAAACAAAUAAUGGUAUAGUUAAUAAACAGGGCGAUGCUUCUCAGAACUAUCUCAAGUGUCAAAAGUUUUUGAAAUCUACUCCGCAGUCAGUAAUGGCAGUAGAAUAUAAAUUGCAAGGCAGGUUCUCAAAGAACAAGUCUACACAGCAAAGUAUGGUGUUACCGCAAACUGGACAUGCAUUAAUUCAAGUUGAUGUAUUAAAGACAGUGGACACUAUUGGUAAUUGUCAAAGACUAGCCUUCACAGUUGGUGUAUCUCAACA